AUGGACGACCCAAUCAACGCCACCACCAAAAUCUCCGUCUCGGCGAAGGCUAACAGCGGCGGGGGACAAAAGUUAUUGGAGACGAGCAAAUCGGAGAGACAUGUUUGGCUCAUGAAAUGCCCUCCAAUCGUGUCUCGUUCACUUUCGCAACAACAACCACACCUACCGUCGCCUCCCGAUUCUUCUUCUGCUCCAAUCACCGCCAAGGUUAUCGUCAACGUUGAUCCUCUGCUCCCUAAUGAAGAUUUCUCAUCUACUCAGUUGGAGUUGCUGGGCACUGAUCAAUCUGGGAGAGUACCGAAAUGUUACUCUAUGGACAUGUCAAAAGAUAUCAUUCCAAUGUCUGUAUUUUCCGAGUCCAAGCAAGCUUCAGGAAGGCUUUCUGUUGAAGGGACAAUAUAUUAUAAAUUUGACAUGAAGCCUCAUAAUGAAAACCUAGAGGAGUAUGGGAAGCUCUGUCGUGAACGAACCAACAAGUAUAUGACAAAAACUCGACAGAUACAGGUUAUCGACAAUGAUAAUGGAGCACAUAUGAGGCCGAUGCCAGGAUUGAUUGCCUUCAGGCCCCCCUCACAAACUGAAAGGAAGAAAGCUCCGGUAAAAGGAUCAGACACAAAAAGAACCAGAAGGGAUCGCGGGGAGAUGGAAGACAUUAUGUUUAAACUCUUCGAGAGACAAUCGAAUUGGACUUUAAAGCAACUUAUUUCCGAGACAGACCAACCCGAACAAUUCCUGAAAGAUUUGCUUAAAGAUCUUUGCAUCUACAACAACAAAGGAUCAAACCAAGGGACUUAUGAGUUGAAGCCAGAAUACAAGAGAUCCACAGAGGCAUCCAAAUAG